ACUGGAACCCGGGACGAACCGGGGGGACCUCGGCAGGGGUGUGGGAACAGGCUGUUGGUUCCGAGGGCGGGCGGAGGAGGAACCUCACCGCGCGGACCCCCCCUCAGGGGGUCUGUCCCCGGAAUCGGGUGGAGGAGGGGGCCAGAUGCGAAGAGAAAAACGGGAAGACGCCAACAGAGCGACAGGUGGGCACGGGUCCAGUCCAACCCCGACGGACAGCGCGCGGGCCGCACCUGAGUCCUCCGGGCCGCCGUAGCCCCGCCCCCUCAGCGCGUGGCACCCGUGACGUUAGGCGCGCGGGCCACUCUCUUUACAGAGGUUGCUCUUGUCCAAACGGCCGGUCUCUGCUGCGCCUGCGCGGUCAGGAGGGGAAGUGAGGCGGUUUCCUCGGCGCCUUUUCCGGCAGCGGCGGCGGUAGAGCUGGGAGGAGGUGGAGGCCCGCGGGAGCCCGCGCUCGGGGCGGCGGCUAGAGGCAGCAUACCGAGUUCCCGCGAGGAUUCAUGACCCGCCGGGCCGCCUGAGCCGCGCGUCUCUCUGGGUGACCUGAGGCUGUGGGGAGCCGGUGGUCGCGGGACGGCUGGCGGGCCGCAGGGCGCGGUGAGGAAAAGCGAAGGAGCGCGAAGCGCGGCGGCGCGGCGGCGGGGGGAAGGGCAGUUCCGGGCCGGGCCGCGCCUCAGCAGGGCGGCGGCUCUCCGGGCGCAGACUCGGGGCCCCGGCAGCGGGGACUGGAGACUUCAAGUUGUGCAGCGGGGGAUGCGCGAGUGAAAGCGGGCCGGGCCCCUGCCCCUAGGAGGCAACUUGGGCGCAGGCCGCAGGGCAUCCUCGCGGCCGGGCGGCUUCGUUUCGGUUGCGCGGCCGCGGCGGCGGAGCAGGCUGAGGGGACCCGGGACACCUGAAUGCCCCCGGCCCCGGCUCCUCCGACGCGAUGGGGAAGGUGCUGUCCAAGAUCUUCGGGAACAAGGAAAUGCGGAUCCUCAUGUUGGGCCUGGACGCAGCCGGCAAGACAACCAUCCUGUACAAGUUGAAGCUGGGCCAGUCUGUGACCACCAUUCCCACCGUGGGUUUCAACGUGGAGACGGUGACUUACAAAAACGUCAAGUUCAACGUGUGGGAUGUGGGCGGCCAGGACAAGAUCCGGCCGCUCUGGCGGCAUUACUACACCGGGACCCAGGGUCUGAUCUUCGUAGUGGACUGCGCCGACCGCGACCGCAUCGACGAGGCCCGCCAGGAGCUGCACCGCAUUAUCAAUGACCGGGAGAUGAGGGACGCCAUAAUCCUCAUCUUCGCCAACAAGCAGGACCUGCCUGAUGCCAUGAAACCCCACGAGAUCCAGGAGAAACUGGGCCUGACCCGGAUUAGGGACAGGAACUGGUAUGUGCAGCCCUCCUGUGCCACCUCAGGGGACGGACUCUAUGAGGGGCUCACAUGGUUAACCUCUAACUACAAAUCCUAAUGAGCAUUCUCCACCCAUCCCCCAGAAGGAGAGAAAUCAAAAACCCAUUCAUAGGAUUAUCGCCACCAUCAUCACCUCUUUCAGUUGCCACUUUCUCUUCUUUUGAGUUUGAACUCUGGAGUUACUGUUCUACGGUUUAGGGGGGUUGGGAGUUUUCUUUGUUUCCUUUUUUUCUUUUUUGCUUUGCGUUAGGAUGCUCUGAUCUGACAUUCGACACGAACACAGUGCUAGAUGCUCUUGGUGACUUCCAGCAAACGGGGUGGGGGUAAUAGCAGCUCUUGGUGAAGUCCUUUAUAAUAAUGGUUUGAUUUUGAUUUUUUUUUUUAUUUCGAGAGAAUCUUUUUUUCCCCCCAAUGUAUGCUUUUUUCCUUUUUGCCCAGUUUCCUUAUCACUUGCUGUAGAUGGCUUAUUUUGCAUUCAUGCAGACUAUGUUGCAAGUCUGUUUCAUCUAGUAAACUGAAAAUUAUUGCUUAAUCAAACUGCCGUUUGUCUUUUCUAUUUAAGGCCUUCCCCCCCCUCCCUUACUAGCUCUAACUUAGUAAUUUCAAAUGUGACCUUUUAUAUCCAAGACCAGUAUGGUGAACUUAGCCCACAGUGGCAGGAUAAUGAGUAAAACCAGUGUAAUGUGUUCCAGUUGCACAUCAGUAUGUUAAACAGGUAAUGUAAGAAGUUCUUUGAAAUGUCAGCUGUUAAGUUCUGAAACAUACAUCAUGCAUGAGUAGGAAUAAAAUCCAAGUUCCCCUUAGCAUAGCUCACUUAAGCUGCUUAAAAACAAGUGUAACCUGUAAAGGGUGCAAUUUUUUUUUUUUUUUCACUGCAAAGUUAGCAACUUUGCUGUUUUCCCUCUUUAAAAAUAGUCUCUUUCCAGAAAAUGGAGCAAUAAUGGUGUAUACCACACACAGAUGAAAUAUUUGUAGAUAUUUUAAGUGGCUUUUGGGUAAAACUGGAAUAUAUAUUACCUUGUUUCAAAUGUCUUAAGACCAGUAGUUUUAAAAUUACUAAACGUUUACUUUGUUCACUAACAAAAAAAAAUUUAACAAGUCAAAUCAUAUGCACCUUUUACCUAGUUGGCAAAAAAUACAUUUCCUGUUUUCACAUUACAGCAACUGAUUAAGCUGAGGAUAUGUCAUUUUUUUAUAGCUGGACGAGCUACAUCUCCAUUAAUUAAAACACUGGAAAAGAUGUUUUAUUAUAAAAGAAGAUAAUUGCUUGAUUGUAGGAUUAACUCAUGCAAAUAGAUUAUACUGUUGGUUCAGUAGUACACUAUUAAGGAAGGCAAUGUGAUGGAUGAAUGAUGUGUAGACUUGAGGGAUGACAGAAGGGAAGCAGGAUGAAGAGAACCUACAGAUGACAAUGAAUGUAAACUUUUUUUUUCUUCAAGGGUAAGCAUUGUGCUCACUGGUGAUAUCCAGAUCUUAAGAUUAGCUGGUUAGGACCAGUAACUAGAUUGAGACCACUAUGAUACUAUUUUGAACCAAAUGUUAAUGUUGAUUCAUAAUUGUGAAGCAGCAUCUGGUUCUUGUGUAGCCUUAAGGAUUAAUUUUAGUGAUCCUCAAGGAAUAAAACUUAGGGAAUUUCAGAAAUGUAGACUGCAGAGGCAGUGUACAGGACAAGGUGGUGUGGUUUUGCUUAAUGAGGGUGUCUGAAAAUUAAAAUCAAGCCGGAUAUCAUGGUAUAGUUGGACAGUAUUAGUCCUUCAUGUUUUGGCCAUAUUGUAUAAUGGAGCUUUUACCAAAGAUGUAGGAGAAGCAUAAGUCUAUACAAGAACCAAUUCUUCAAUGUAGAACUCAAACGUUUUACUUCAAGUGGAUUAGAAAAGGUGCUAUGUUAUAGGCUUCUAUUGGUGCAGAGGGAUUUUUGAAUUUAAGAUGCAACAAAAGCAUUAAGUUCUGUUUCAUAUUAGUCUAAGAAUCUAGAAGUGAGGCUAAUACACAUACUUAAGAUCAUUUUAGUUGCUUUUGAAAAUUCCCAAAGCUCCACCGUAAAAUGUAAUUCUUAAGUGUUUUGAAUGGUUACAUUUUAAGGUACAUAAUCAUGGUUAUACAUAUAAUGCUAUAGUAACAUCCUGAAAUUAAAUAAGCACAAAGGUAUAAAUGCCUAAACUGGAGGAAACUUGAAACCCUCAUGUUCAUUCUUAAAUGUAGUGUUCUAACUUGUGACAGACAGAUUGGUAGACAGCCAUUUUUUGUGUGUCUUAAAAUAACUGGGGGCAUAGUUAAAAUUUUAUACAUCCAAGUGAUUGCUAUUACUGAAUGUCGCAGGUGAGAUGGGGUUAUUUUUAGUUUAUUUGAAAUGUCUGAAAAGGUGGGAGGGGGGAAAAUACAUUUGAAAUUUGGAAAACCCUAAGUCUUUUGGAAAGAAAUUGUAAUUUUUCACUUACAUUUCUUUGCAUAUGAAAGGUUAACAAUUGAUGUAGUUAAAUUGAGCCAUAACCAUUGGUGAUUACAGAGCAGGUAACUAUUAGAGCCUGCAGGGAAAAAAAGUUACCUAAGCAUUUAAAAAAUAAGAUCCUGAAGAUUUUGUUUAAUUGCAUCAAUUUCUGUAUUUAUGUGAAUUUAUAAACUUGCAGUAAGUUUUGAAUGAGGUUAAUCUUGUCUUAAUAUAAGUAAAUGAGUCUGUAGACUGUGAUCUCCCCAAGCUAAAAAGUACAGUACUUGGAAUUGUGUUCUUUAUGGUUGUAGUGUUGGUAAAGCACUAAUAUGCAGAAAAUAAAGGAAUUAUACAGUGCA